AUGUUUGGGUUUGGAAAGAAGAAGACGGACCCUGAGCCGGAAGCCAAGCCGAAGCGCGACUUGAUCAAAGUGUCGGUGCCGUUUGAAGAGCCUCCUUCUUACCUAAAGCCCCCUGAGGAAACAAAGCUUUCGGAAGAGGAACUUGAGAAAUACAACACCGUUUUGAAGCACUUCCAAGAUCCGGAUCUGAAAGUGCCCUCCACGGAGCACCACCACAAGGGUGCGCUUGUUGCGCUGUCCAAAGACCAAAAGGCUUGGCUCACACGAGAGUGCUUCUUGAGAUAUCUCCGGGCCUCCAAAUGGCACGUCGAAUCGGCAAUCAAGAGAAUCGAGGGCACCUUGGGAUGGAGAAAAGAGUUUGGUAUUGAGAGCAUGACGGAUGAGUCUGAGAACAUCGUCACUUCCGAAUUGGUGUCUCCGGAGUCAGAGACCGGUAAGGAAGUGAUUUUGGGAUUUGAUAACCAGUGCAGACCGUGUUUGUACUUGAAGCCGGGCCGUCAGAACACGAAAACCUCGUUCAGACAGGUCCAGCAUCUGGUGUUUUUCCUUGAACGCGUGAUUGACUUCAUGCCUUCGGGCCAGGACUCGCUGGCUCUGCUAAUCGACUUUAAAAACCACCCAGAGAUCGCAGCACAAGCAGAAACUUCCAAGGUCCCGCCACUGACCGUGGGCAAGCAGGUGCUUCACAUCCUCCAGACACACUACCCAGAAAGACUGGGUAAGGCUCUUCUGACUAAUAUCCCGUUCCUGGGCAGAACGUUCCUCAGACUAAUCUAUCCGUUCAUCGAUCCGUUGACCAAGGAGAAACUCGUGUUUGACGCGGACUUCGCCGACUUCUGUCCUGCCGAGCAGCUCGACAAGGAGUUCGACGGCCUGGUGGACUUCGAGUACGACCACGAAGUGUACUUCCCAGCCCUGGUCGAGAUGGCCAAGAAGAAACAGGCCCAUUACAUUGCUAGAUUCGAGGAGUUUGGUGGGGUGGUUGGUUUGAGCGAAAUCGAUCUCCGCGGCAACGGCCCGAUCACCGUUCCCGUUGGAUCCCAUCCUUUCGACACCAAGGUCGAUGGCCUGGCUGAGAAAACAGCAAAGCUGACUGUCGAAUAG